UCAUAGCCCAAGCAGAAACACAUAUCAAAACCGGCAGCCGGUCGCCACGAUGUUUCGACGCGCCAAGACCACGACGAUAGCCACACCACCCUCCGAUGGCGAGGUGCGGGUGCAUAAGGUCGAGAAGAUUGAGCUUGUCCGCAAUCUCGUGACCAAGCCGUCGAUCUACUACGGCGCCAACCCGAUGGCAGCAUCGACCAUGAGGCGAGGUGCAGCCGGUCAUGGCACGGCCGCCAACACCGGUAAGGCUACUGGCGCCUCGAGGCCGGGGGUCGUGUCCAUAGAGGAUAUUAACAAGAGGUCUGAGGCUUACAUCCAGGAGAGGAAGAGGCUCUUCCAGGGCCUGAAGUAGCUCCUAUAUGGAGAUGAUCUUGCACUACUAUUGAUCACGUCUACAUAUACACACCGAUUAAUGGAUGUAUGCAUGUGUGGAAUUUCCCCUCGAUGGAUAUGUAAGAUGUGCUAUGUAAACGUGUUGUCGUGUGAUAUCGAUCCACUUGUUGCAAUUAAUUGUGUGUCCUCUUAGGAAGUGUGGAGUCAAGUCCUCUUAGAAAGUGUGUAGUUAAAUCUUUACUACCGAUGUAUAAAUAAACGAUUAUUAAGUGCAGAUAUAUAAACAAAAUAUAACUCAGACUUCAGAUUG